GGCUUCACCUUUUGAACUUUUACAUCCGGCGGCAUUUGACGUUUCCGUUCAAAAAGUGGGUAGACAAUGCUAACAACAUGCCGGUUAAUAUUGAGAAAAUAAAACAAAGAGGGCGAAGGAGACAAGCAGUUGAAAUACUUUUAGCUGUGCAAGUCGUCAACAAUGAUGGAAGUUAUCCAACUACACCCUCGCCCUCUUUUGUAUAUAUAAUCCCUGCUUAGCUUCAUAAUCCUUCCGUAUACUAUCAGCCUUCGUAGACCGACCGUAACCAUUGUCAUUCCCAAGACCAACUUGUCUCGACAGCCAACAGACCACGUUCAGCAACGAAACAGCGCUAUCCAACAACUUAUGAGUACAGGCAGGGAGAUGGACUACAAACAAAAGAAUCGCUCCAGAAAGGUACCUCACAUCGUGUCCAAGUCGGACCAGAAGAUUGUACAGGUCAUGACUGAGACGAAUAAUGCCCACCAUUCAGGUAUAAAAGGUGGCGUGCUUGCUAAUCACACGGAGCCCACUACUGAAUGUGAAGCUCCCAAUGAGAUGUCUAACCGGGGUAUACUCCACCAUCUGGAGGACAGUCAACCAGCUCCCAAUAGCGCCGGCAAGUCCGCUUUGGAAUUCCCUUCCUUAAAGUCUGCACGUGCAAUUCCUCCAAGUCGUCAUCAACUGCAUCCGAGUCUAGUAAUGACGCCGCAAAAUGAAAAUACUUCCAUAGCUAUGUGCCAUUCAGCAAUCAACGGAAUGCCAAACUCGAAAAAGGACGGUCGCCUCAGCCCCCUCAACAAGUACAUGGGAUCAUGUUCGAGAACAAAGAAUGAGGAGAACAUUGAUCCCACCUCUGCUACCACGCCGGUGUCUGCGUGCAACAUUGACCGUGUUUCCUCCUCUCAACCUCGCGUCAGCUCUCAAAAGCUGCCCUAUACCAAAUCCUCGAUCUUAACAAUUAAAAGUGUUUCCGACCCUCAGACUUGGGAGGACGAGAAGAAUAAAACAUUUUCAGCACAGAUAUCCGGAAGGAAGAAACAUGAGACACCUAUAACGGAAAUUCCUUUCGCCUCUGUCAGCCGACCGAGUGUUUCCGUCACAACUGGAUCAACGUCAGUUUUAUGUGACAAUCCUGAUGCCCCGGAUACAGGUAGUUUAAGCCAGAUAAAGUCUCCUGAAUCCCGCAGAAAAGACUGGUGGAGACGUGAUCCUCACCCAAUGUUUAGUCCGAAAUAUGCAGCUCAAAGGCUACUAGUUGAAUUUCCUUCUGCGAUCAACGUUAUCCAUGCCAAACCUAUCCUAGAAAGCCAUUUCUCUAAAUACGGCAAAAUUCACUCCGUCUACCAUUAUGAUCAGAAUGGUGAUCGUUGCUGCAAGGGUUUUGUCGUCUUCAUAGACCCCAUGAGUAUCCAGAAGGUACUGACCGACCCUUACAGCAACAUUUGCGCCAACGCACUUGAUCCAGAAGCCCCGCGAGAUAUGAGCAUUGCCAUCCGACCAUCGUCAGCUUCUGAUUUGGAACGUACAGUGUUUAUUCGCAUUACUGGAUCGCGAUCCGAAGAAGAAGCUUGUGAGCGUCACCACGAGUAUCAACUCCUAUGCGAACGAGAGAUGGAAGCAAAAAACAUGCCCAAUGACGAUCAUGAUUUGUUCGGCAUUACGCAUGACAUGCGGGGCAUGGCCAAAAGUGACGGACUCUCGCUUUUCCACAAGGCUUUGCUUCCUGAGAAAGUGAUUCUUGAUCAAGUGCCCAUGAGGGGCAAAACGCCCGGGAAAUAUUAUUCUACGGUUUGUGUCCGAAACCUCAAUACCCCUUGGUUUGACUUUGUCCGCCAAGUCAGGGAACGCUGUGGUAAGGAUCCCGCUCAAAUUGGAGAGAUUGCACUUCGAGGACCCAAUAUCUCUGAAAGAAAUUUUGUCCCUCAACUCUGUGAUCAUCUCGCUGAGAUAUGCAACGUCCGCCCUCCCAACGAAAACAGUUGCGGAUGGUUGGUCUCGGUCAGCGGUAGUCGUGAUGGAAGGCACAUGAUGCACGAACUUCAAAAGAUUCCUGGCUUCUUUGUGCGCUGGGCGGAUGAGGGCGAUGGGUUAUUUGAUGAUGCAGAACCUGCUCUGGAGAUGUCUCCUCCCAACUGCGCUGGUUCUUUUGAAGACUCCUCUUCACCUACUGAGACCGACGAUGUCAGAAGCCUUUCCACCCCCCAAACCAACAAUCACGUCCUUUCAGCUCUUCUGCAUCCCAGCCCUACGCAUCCUCAUCUCCGCCGAACUCUCAUACACACGUAUCGAGGUAGACCAUUAAUUGAAGAUAACUCAACAGGAGAAACCAAAUUUCUGGACGAAAGCGCCAUCUUUGUUGGUCGAUUGAAUAAAAGAAUGGAAACAUAUGCUACCUUGUACAAAAGGUUCGAAAAGUAUGGCAAGAUUUGUAAUAUGGAGUUUAACCCGAAAGCUGUCCCAUCACAUGUCAAUAAUGCGACGGCGAGGAUCAUGUAUCAAGGUCAAGAGUCGGCGGCCAGAGCUAUUGCUCGAGAAAACGGGUCAAUCUCGUUCGGCACUGCAAUCAAAGUUGAAUUGCGGAGAGUUAUCCACUCGGACGUGCAUACCAGACGUGUAUAUGUUGACCUCACUGGACGUAUCAUCAGGCCCCCAACGUUGUCAAAUUUGGCCUGUGAACCUGCCAUAAAGCGAGUCACAGAGUCUCAAUCAGCAAUCGAGGCUAGGAUGCGACAGCCUCAAUUUUCAUCUGGCCUUAAUAUGCCUUCUGCUGCCUACUUGCCGAUGUCGUCCCAGCAACCAGGAUUUCUGCAACCCGAUGUGGGUAUUGGUAUGCCUACGGCCACUUUCCCCCCUCGAUUUUCAUUAUCUCCACCUGCUUUUUCUACAGGACAUGGGUUUCAGCAUUUAUCGAUGCUUGGUGGGCAAGGCCAUUUGUCGCCCACCUAUGACCAUAUUAUGCCAAUUGUCAAUUCAUUCGUUCACGUCGGGCAGUUAUCCAACGGCAUGAUGACUGCGGAUCGGUUCUUAUAUCCUCUAUCCGAAGCAUUCCAGAGCCCUCAAUCCUUGACUGGUAAAUCAUCCUCGAUGGCCUACCCUCCAGCAGAGGAAGUGCAUUUUCAACCACCCCUUGAUGAGCAGUUUUUCGCUGGACAAUCCCACGCUAUUCCAGCCACAGUUCAAUACCCUGUAUCUGCCCUCGAUGAGCCUUCUUCUCGCACACCAGGGGUUUCAAGUCAUCCCGAAUUACCUACCAUAGCCCCUAUUGGCGAUGAGGGCAUCUCGUCUAAUAUGAAACUCAAACCAGUGGCUUACAAAGAAGAAAACGGCACCGUCAAAGCCAUAUAUGACGACAACGAGCUUAAGGCGUACUGUGUGCAAAACAAUUUACCCUAUCCUCCCAAGCCAGAAAAGACGAUAAAGAAGGGGAGCGAUGAGACAUUCACAGUAACGCAGGAUUGGAGGAAGUCUCUUUUACCUGUUCAAACAGGCGGGCACGACUCAUCACUACCCUCCCCUCUGAGAAGAGGUUCAUUAGCAUUUUCAGAGGCUCAAGAACUGUCAUCUCUAUCAAGACUUAGGUUGCGAAGAUCUCAAAGUGACUACUCACUUCCGACGAAUCGGAAACCCCAGGACUGUUGUAGAGUGGUUGACGAGAGGGUUAAUGUGGCCAAUGCCUCCACAACCUCUCACUGUAAAGAAAAUUCAUAUUGUUCCUCUCCUCGGUUGGCGAAGCCGCCUCUUCUGAACCAUGAUCCUAUGCCGGACUAUCGCAAUCAACUGAUUCAGGCCCAAGCCAACAAUUUCCCUGAUACCCACGGUAAUCUCAAACAGCCGCCAUUUAACCUUCCCUUUCGCCAGCCCCUAUCCCCCCCAAAUGUUCAGUUUGACCCCGAAAAUCUUGAGGAACGUAUGUGCCAUCUAGACAUUCAUGGUCAGAAUUCAUUGUCAACAUUCACAUCAUCGGCCCAAGCGCAAGGGAGUCAAGGCUGGUAUUCCACAUCUUUUGAUGCAUUAACGUAUCAACUACAAAAUCAACAACCAGCCACGAAACACAUCCCGCCUGAUGGUAAUUCUUGGAUCGCGAAUGAAUCUCCAGUUGUACAAGGGCCGAAAUGCGACAGAGUCAGGUCCAAAGCAAGAGGAAGAGGGUCGCGGAGGAAGACGUUUUUCGGCAGGUUUUCGGGCGAACAACAUUUGUCAAAACAAUGAAGAUACCCAGUGAAUAGAUCAGAAUCCCAUUAAUUGGGGUAAGGCACUAGUGUACAACAGAGAGCGAAAGUAAGGGGGCAUUUCCUGAGCGGGGUCUUCUGUAAGUGUAUUGUUACUUAUUUACUGUGUCAUAAUCACACUGUUCAUGGAACCAGUUACUUGUGCAAUCUGGACGUUCGUGCAACGAAACAUUGCGGAAUAAUUCUCCUCUCGGUCCUGACAAAAAAAAUCAUCAACUACUUCCACCAUAAGUCCCCUAGAGACAUUGUACUGUAGAAAGUAGAGAAAGAUUCAAGAGCUAAGCAAGAAGACAUGUUCAUGAG